AUUUCUGACUACGAGAAAUACAGAGCACAUCCAACGCUUCUAUCUGCGAUUUCUUAUCGAAAACAUCCUAGAAAAUUGCCAAAUGAUCAUGUGGACGCUUCUAAUAAACUCGAGAAUAGAAAGCAGUUAGCAAAUAUCAAUCAAGAAAGUAGUAUGUUUAAUAUGUUUCGCUUGAUCUUUCUGGAGGAACAGCACCCCACAUCUGUCACACUGAGGAACGGCACCCCAUACCUCGAGAAGGAUGGCACCCUCUCUAAGCCAUGCAACAGCAGAGAAGAUCGGGAGAUACAGUGCUGGGGAACGGCACCCCAUACCACAAAGAGGACGGCACCCCUCAUAGGUUGCAUAGAACUCGCCAAUAAUGGUUUAGAGAUAAAGCGUAAUAAACAGAAAUAUGAUGAACCUGUCGAAUCAGAAGAGUUACACACUUUUUGA